AUGGUCCGGGGUCCUCAAGAGAUCCCCGAAGAAGUCAACUUGCACGGUCAAACAAAGGAAUACCCCAUGGCAAAGCCCGACGAGGGUAGGAACUGUGGCCGGCAGUACCUGCGCACGACAGGGUCAAGUGGCAUGGGUAUGAGGAGGGGUAAUGGUUCCUCCCAGAAAACGCAGGGAUAUGAUGGGAUCUCACCGCAUUGUCGGGGAGACAAGUCCCUGCAAGUAACAGUCCCGAGCCACUUGAGCCCCGAUCAAGUCCCCGUCAAAGAAGAUGGCAUGCCUCAGGUCAAGGAUUGGAUCUGCGGAGGCGUCUGUCUCCGCGGGGUUCCCUGUCGACGGCAUAGUAGACGCUAA